AUGUCUUCUGGCCUUCUGAAGCCUCUGGGUGUAUUUUGCAGUCAGUCACAGUCUCAACGAUACAUCAAAACUAUCAGGAACCUGAGUGAUGCAUGGCGUAGCCCUGCUGAAAAGCCUCUUACUGAGUCCGACAAAAACUCCGCUCUCGUAGAAACCAACUUUGGCUUUGUUUUGAAAAUCACAAAUGCAGUGGAAGAGCAACAGUCAGAACCAACGACUGUCGAGAUGUCAACCCACGAGCCUCCUAUUUCUACCACUUCCGUAUCGACCACAAUAUUCACGCCAACAGAAUCUCCCCGGCAUUAUCGUAUCUUUGCUGAUUACGGCACGGGUUUUAUUUGGCGAGAUCCGGAUGACCUCAGGUCUGACGAGGGGGACUGUAUGUUAGAGGCAGAAGAAGUGCUCUCUUCAUGCCCUCUGUCGGUCUUGGAAUCAUAUGAUGCGUGGGUGGACACAUACACCGGCAACUUCAAGGAAAGACGCGACAAGACUCAAAACUACCAUGCCACUGUCUUUCCGACUACCUCCUCGGAGGUCGCUUGGAACGUGACCGGGUUUCUGUUGGCUUGGCGCAUUACAAUGGCGUCUGAGGUUGGGAGGAUCGAGUUCAGCGCUGGCUGUUCAAAGUACUUUCUUGAGAAAGGGAAGGAGACGAGUGUUACUUGA